ACAGAAACGUUUUAAUUUUCAAAAUCGACCAAUUCACACUUCUUAACCCGCUUACUUUUCUGGCUUCUGGCCAUUGAAAGAGGAAAAAAAAGGGUCUCGUCCGUCUCGGAACUCAGUGAGAAAGGGAAGCAAUGCCAAGUAUACCAGCCAUUGGGGAAGUCACAAUCUGUGAAAUUAAUCGCGAGCUCUUUACUGCAAAGGAUGACUCGGAUUCACAGCCCACUGAUGCUUAUGGAAAGAUUUUGGGUCUUGUUUUCCAUCCAAUUCAUUUUCAGGUAGAAGAGGGUUUUAGCUGCGUCUCUGGAGCUCAUUUUGAUCAAGAACCAGACAGGAAAAUUGCUGAUGUGAUACCGAGUGUAAGUGAGGACACAGAUUCUGUACAGGAAGGAGGUAUUCUUUCAAGGAAGUUUGCUGUGGUGAAAAAUAUCUUGGCUUAUUCAUUUGGACCCAUAUUUCACCCUUAUGUUGUAAAGAGACUUAACAAGUUUGAACUAUUUCAAGGAGUCAGUUGGCACAAGCAUAAGCAUAUUUUAGCAUUUAUAUCAGGUCCCAAUCAAGUUACUGUGCAUGAUUUUGAAGAUUCAGAUUGGCAAGGGUCAUCUAUAUUGACUAGUGAUUCUCAAAGAGGAGUUGAGGCAAUUGAAUGGCGACCAAAUAGUGGGACAACAUUGUCUGUAGCUUGCAGGGGUGGAAUCUGCAUUUGGACUGCCUCAUUUCCUGGGAGUGUAGCACCUGCAAGGUCAGGGGUUGUUUCUUUCCUUGGAACUACUUCUCGAGGAACUGGUCUAAGAUGGACAUUAACAGACUUUCUUAAAAGCCCUGGCAGUGAAACUGUCACCACACUCUCAUGGAGUCCCACUGGGAGAUUGUUAGCAUCAGCAUCUCUGGAGGACUCAUCAAUUACAAUCUGGGAUGUUGCUCAAGGUGUUGGAACGCCACUUCGUCGAGGAUUAGGAGGAGUAUCAUUAUUAAAGUGGUCCCCAACAGGGGACUAUUUGUUCUCUGCAAAGCCCAAUGGAACAUUUUACCUAUGGGAAACAAACACAUGGACUUCAGAGCCAUGGUCGUCUUCUGGUGGUUCGGUCAUUAGUGCAACAUGGGGUCCUGAUGGCCGUAUGCUUUUUAUGGCCUUUUCUGAAUCCAUAACAUUGGGAUCACUACACUUUUCUGGAAGACCUCCAUCGCUGGAUGCACAUUUACUACCCGUGGAUUUACCAGAAAUUGGGUCCAUAACUGGAGGGGUUGGCAACAUUGAAAAGAUGGCCUGGGAUGGUUCUGGAGAGAGAUUAGCUGUGUCCUAUUGCGGGGGAGAUCUGAUGUAUGCAGGUCUUAUUGCAAUCUAUGAUACAAGAAGAACCCCAUUCAUAUCAGCAUCACUGAUAGGAUUUAUACGAGGGCCAGGUGAACAAGUGAAGCCCCUCGCGUUGGCCUUCCAUGAUAAGUUCAAGCAAGGACCCCUAUUGUCAGUGUGCUGGAGCAGUGGCGUGUGCUGCACAUACCCUUUUAUAUUUCGGUCAAACUGAUUGCUAAAGAGAAACUAUACUGCUAACAUAAACGAGACGUUCUGGAUUACAGUUAAAUGUAUUGGGCUUCAUAUAUAUUUAUUUUCAUUGAAUCCCUUUGUGUAUGUUGUUUGAGAAAAUAUGUCAAUUGUUUCUAGGGCAACGUAUUGCUUUUGUAAAGGCAAUAAUUUUUCCAACAUUUUAAAGCAUACUUUCUUAAAAGCUUCUCCUGCGGAAUGAUGUUAUGAUAGAGAAUCUCAUUUCUUGAUCUCCUUGAUCAGCAAGGCAUGCUUUCUACGAGUUGAAAAAAUAGACCUGUUUCUGCAAAAAGGCUUUUAUCCUUCAUAUUGUAUUAUGCCAAAGGCAUACUUUUCUACAAGCUGAAGAAAUAGACUUAGUUUUCUGCAAAGAGGCUUUUAUCCUUCAUAUUGUAUUAUGCUCAGCGCUAGCAGAAGCAGUUGACCUUUUGUCCCAGUGAUGUUUUUCGCUUCUUGCUAUUUUAAGUAACACUCGUCAUGCUCUAAAAGAAUGUCUUUAUGUUUUAAAACUUAGUUGCAUGAAAUUAUUUAGCAGCAACUUUUGUCGUCAUGCCAUUCUUAAUGGAAAUGUUGUACUAAAGAAAGACCAAAUUCCAUGCACCUUUUUUUAAUUUUGAAUAAUUUCUAUAUGCUCAUUAUAUUUUCAACUUUUAAUAUAUUAGAUAUUGUUUGGGGAA